AACACGACCGGUUAGUUGACUGACAAACCUGGAACAGUCCGGUUGUGGUAAAUUAGAAUUAGUGAAAGUGUCCGAAGAUCGCCCAAACAAAAAUGCAAGGCCUACUGGUGGUGGUGGUAAUUUUGAUCACGGUCGGUGUCGACACUUCCGAGGAACGCUCGCUGGACUAUCUGACAAACAAAACGCUCAAGGAUUGCGCCCAACUGCCGGAACCGAUACUGUCCGACAUUCUGGGACCUGCGUUCAAUUCUCGCUACAUGAGUAUCGACAAGCCCCCGGUUCUGGACGAUGAAGCCGUGGAUGGCAGCGACGGAGCAAGUGGAAAACGCGGCAUUUCACGGGGCCUGUAUCCGUCGUUCUACGUCGAAGAAGAUCACGUCGAGGAGGUUGGCCACGUUCCGGCUUGGGACGUUAACCAUGCCCGAGAUACGGCGAAUCCGGUGAUGAAACCACCUCGAUCCAAACGGCAGCUGUUCAACUCGCUGCUGAACGACAUGAGCCACGAAAGUCGAUCGGCACGAUCACAUCGUGGCCGAGGGGUGCAGAAAAAUCAGCUCAACGCCCGUCCGUGGGAGUGCGAAGGCAAAAUCCGUUGGCUUGACCUAGGGGCGGAGUACUUCCCGCGCUAUCUCCGUACGGUGGAGUGUGCCAAGACGCGCUGUUGGUACGGUCACUAUCAGUGUGUUCCGCGAUCGUUCACCGUGAAAAUUCUGCGCCGCCGAACGGGCGAAUGUGUACCGAGUGGCCAGCUCCGUAACAUCGGAGUCGAGGGUCUGCCCGGUGAACUCCGUGAACUGUGGGUCUGGGAAGAACGGGCGGUUAAUUUUUGCUGUGACUGUGCUGCCCAGUAGAAACACUAGUGAAUAGUACUAGGAAUAGUAGUAGGCUGGGGGUACUUCAGCAAUCCAAAGAGAAAAAAAAACCAAACCGUCGGAGCAGGCUACUGAUGUUUUAAUUGUAAAUAGUUUUCUUCUCGCCGUGCAGGUUGUAAAUAGUGGCGUCUGUUUAUCGUUCUAGUCCUAUGUUAGAUUGU